ACUAAACUAUAAUUGUGCUAGGCUUCUAGUUAUUAUAGUGUCUUGUGCUCUUGAACUGCUCUCGUAUAAUAGAUUUGAAAAGACGAAUACUAACCGCACCCUCUCCAAAAUAAAUAAAGCAUUAAAAUGAAGCUAGUGUUGUUAGUGCUGAUGUGCAGCACUCUGAUCCUUGCUACAGAAGAUCAAAAGCCAACAGAAAAGGAGGCCACAGACAAACCAACGGAAGAGACUGAAGCCACGUUGGACGUGACGUCAGAAAAUACCUCGAAAGACGACGAAAAGGCCAAAACGGUGAAGAGUAAUACAACUGAGUCGGAGAUCUGUAAAAAAUGUAAUUGUGCUAUCGAAGAGAAAACGAUAUACUGCGACGACCUGUCAAUAGAGAAGAUGUUCACGGAGGAUCAGUUUGUUGAAUUCAACAAAACAAAAGUUCCGCAGGAUAUUUUUAGGAUCAACAACAACGAACUGACUGAAAUCAAUGCAUUCCCCAUUCUGUCAAUAAAAGUUCUUGUUUUGCGUCGCAAUAAAAUCAGCAAAAUUGCCAAAGGUGCAUUCUACAAUCUCACACUUCUGGAAGAACUAGAUUUGUCGUGGAACGAUCUGACAAGUAAGGUUCUUAUACCAGAAAUAUUCGAAGGACAUUACAGUCCUACGGUGUAUGAACCAUUGGAACUGCUUAAGACCCUUCGACUAAACAAUAAUCAACUUCACGCACUGCAUCCAGAUGUGUUCGAACAUUUUCCAAACUUAGAAGUUUUGAGCUUGCACUCCAAUCCCAUUAUGGCAAUUGAUCAUUUGACUAGCGUUGCAAUCAGCAAUAUUCCAAAUCUCAAAUUUUUAGAUUUGAGUUAUUUGGAAUUGACUGAAGUACCGAAACAUCUUUUCGUUUCUCCACGCGAAUUACGCACUUUAAAUUUGACGGGAAAUUUGCUGACAUCCGUUCCAGAAGCCUUACAGUUUGCUGUUAAUUUGGAAACACUUUACUUGGAUGAGAAUAAUAUCGAGCAUAUUGAUAAGGGAAACUAUGUUUUCCCCACGAUGGACAAACUGGAGUUUCUGAGCAUAUCAUACACGACAUUAAAAUCGAUUGGAAGCGGAGCCUUUAGCCAAUUAUCAGAACUCAAAACUCUGAUGCUGACGAACAACCCGCAUUUGUCAAGUAUUCAUGAGAGCGCACUUAGCAGAAAAGGAAAAGAAAAUCCAAGACAAAUUGAAUAUCCACCGUUGACAAAUCUCUAUCUGCACAACAACAAUUUGUCGACCUUGGACGCCAAUCUAUUUCCACGCUAUGAUAAUUUGGACGUUGUUGAUUUGCGACACAAUCCAUGGGUGUGCGACUGUGAGAAUCAAUGGAUGAUCUCAAAUUUGUUGCCAAUAAUCAUUAAGAAACACCCAACAAUGAGUAAGGAUCUCCACUGCAAUCAACCGCAUGCUCUCGUUGGAAAGGAGAUGAGUGAGCUCUUAAACAGCAAACUAAGGUGUUCAGACAAGUACAAUAGUAUGCCCCAACAGGACGGAACAAUAUUAGUUGGUAUCCUUAUCGGGAUAUUAAUUGGUAUUCCAUUGGCGCUCGCCGUGGUAUUCGUUUACAAACGUGGAUGCUUUGGCUUGGCUAGUAAUCGUGGUGCUGCUGCUUAUUCGAGAGCCUUCUAUAAGCGAGCAGAAGCAGGUGACGACUUCCAUAUUUAGAUGGAUUAUAUUGACGUCGUUGUAUUUUAAGUUUUCCGAUUGUAGUUUUUGUUUUUCUUUUGGAAAAGGGGCAGAUUGAAACAGUCAUGACAAAGACAAAUGAAAAGAUUGUGUGAAGUUUUUGGUUUUAAAAUAAAAUUCGAUUUUAAAAAGCCACUAA